AGAAUUACCCUUGCCGUAUUUCAAACUUACGUCGCCUUUGGUUGUUAGAGACGCUGCCAUCUAGAUUAGCCCACUUGGCACCAUGACCAACAGACAGGAUGAGCAACAUUCACUAGACUUGGAAUUUUGUAAACCACACUGUCAACCUGGCGCUCUUCCAAUCAAAACCUUUGACCACACUUACUUAUCUGAUGAAGAACUCGAUGUCGAGAACUACCUACAACAGUGCUACGACUGGUGGUACUCUUAUUAUACAGCUGCACUGGAGGAGGGAUACACUGUUGGACCUGGAGAAAUCUACUUUGACAACAGCACGGGUCUCUUGUACUACAUACCUAAUGCCAUCCGUCAAUCUGAAGAUUACCCACAAUUACAGAAAUGCAGUGAAAUGAGCGACUACGGGCAUGAUUGUAUUGGAGUUGGUCACGAAGAUUUGUACGCAGAAGUUUCCAACCCUUGCGUUAUUGCACCGACGUACAUAGUACAUGACCAGCAAAGUCAAUUUGUCCAGCAAGAACUGACCCCUCCACAAAGUCGUACCAGCAAACAAGAGAGAAAACAUUCUUGUCGACACAAGCCUGUCGUCAUCAAAGAUCCUGAUACAAAGGAAGAUGUUACAUUUGACGUUCUGCUUGGCUCAGAUUCCCACUCGAAAACAGCACCUGAAUCAGAGUAACUGUAUGUAGAUGUUGUUGCUGCUAUUGUUGCAUGUUUACAACUAAAAGUGGACAUCUCAGUAGUUAUAGAAGAGGCAUUAACUCUUUACUAAAACGUAACUAGAGCGACGUGCAAAGUACACUCUUGCAUGGUAUUGCAAGCGUAUUAUAUACCUGAACCC